AUGAGUCCAUACGAUAUUAUAGCAGGAGAUUUUAAUGAUGAUACUCGCUUGGACUUGAUUGCCGUCAACAAUUGGUACAACACUAUCCAUGUAUUUAUAGGAGUCGGUGAUGGGCACUUCAUUAGUGCAGCAAAUUAUACCACUGGUCAAGCGCCGAUGUCUAUUAUAGCAGGGGAUUUCAACGAUGAUGAUGAGCUUGAUGUAGCUAUAGCUAACAGCGCGGAAGAAAGUACCAGUUUGUUGCUUGGUAAUGGAGAUGGUACGUUUCAAAAUCAGACGAUAUACCGUAGCGGCCUCAAACCAGUUAAUAUCAUUAAAGGUAACUUUAACAAUGAUAUGAUACUGGACGUCGCAGUGGCUAAUUAUGGUGAAGACACUGUCAGUAUUUUAUUUGGUAGAGGUGAUGGAACGUUUAGGCCGCAAAGACGAUUUCCGAUCACGGAUUCUCUACGCUACAUCGCUGCUGGUGAUUUCAAUAAUGACGGAUCAUUAGACAUAGCAGUAACAUCUACUGAGUGGACAAUAAUUUAUCUACUUCUGAACUAUGGAAAUGGAAGUUUUGAAGAUCCAAUUACACUAGUAGUUGAUUCAGGACCAUCAUCCAUUAUUACGGCUGAUUUCAAUAAUGACACUAACAUUGACAUUGCAGCCGUAUAUUGUAAGGAAAAUAUGAUUGGUGUAAUGCUCGGUAAUGGAAACGGUUCAUUUCAGAAACCAUUGUACUUGUCAACUCGAGAGCAUCCAGUUUUUAUCAGAACAGCCGAUUUCAACAAUGAUCGUAAAUUAGAUUUAAUAUUGGCUAAUCAAAAGAACCUAACGAUUAGUGUGCUACUGGGUAAUGGAGAUGGUACAUUCGAUCUUCCGAUAACCUAUCCUUUUUCAUCAACUCCUGGAGCUCUGGCUAUCGGAGAUUUCAAUCAUGAUAAGCAACUAGAUGUGGCAGCUGCGAAUGUUGAUUCUAAUUCAAUCUGUAUCUUACUCGGAAAUGGGGAUGGCUCAUUUCGCGAUAACGGAUGUAUGGCAGCAGAUGAUUUUUCUUGA